UCUCUCUCUCUUCCUCCCUCCCUCUCUCUUCCCCUCUUUCCCUAAGUUCAUAUUCUCUUUGUUUUAGAACUUAUUCCUAUCUUCUCAAAUUUCCCUGUAGUCUCUUUCUCUCUUUUCGUUAAUCUCACUAAUUAUGUUUCUUUUCUUUCUUUAUGAUUCGCCGUCAUAACCACCACCACCUCCUCUCUCUCUCUCUCUCUCUCUCUCUCUCUCACGUUCCUUUUACUCUUUCCCUCGUUAAUUACACACACACACACACACACACACACACACACACACACACACACAUACGCACACACACAUACUCCCCCUCUCUCUCUUUUCCUUAUCGCUUUCCCGUCUCUCACAGCUUGUUGUUUCUCUGUCUUUCUCUCUUCUCAAAGUUCCUCGCAUCUCCGUCUUUUCUUUUUCUCCACUUUACGUAACCCCUCCUUCUUUUCCCACCCUACUCUCAUUCUCUACGACUUCCUUCACAACUGGUUCCCAUGUCGUCUGCUUUAAUCAAAAUCAUUGGUGCUGCAGUCGGUGCCAGUGGCAAAUAAAUCCCUUCACCUUAGGAGACGCCAGGGGAAAAAAAAUCCACAGCUCAUAUUUCGGCUAUUUUAUUUCGGAUUCUUAAACAAGUUACUCUACGAUAUGUCCAACAGUCCAGUUAAAGAUGUACAGGGAAAAGACAAUUCCUCCACGUUGACGGCCCCGGUAUCUUCUGCUAAUAUCACAAAGGACCCAAGUGAAUCCCAAAUGAACGGAAACGACAUCGAGCUGAAGUCAAAGCAGCCUAUUUUGGAGGCAUCAGGGGAAAAUUCCGGAAGCAAUGGUCCGUUAUUCAAUCCGAUUUCUAAGACGGGUACAGAUACUUAUUGUCCGGAAGCGAGGACAGGCUGUGUCUCGUCUGAUGGAGAGCAGACGCUCAUAGAUAAAGAUGUAGAGAAAACUAUAUGCCUGGGUCCGAGUCAUGUCCAAGAUACUACAAAACGAGAAACAUGGGGAGGUACAAUAGAUUUCCUUUUAUCAAUUAUAGGUUUUGCAGUCGAUCUUGCCAAUGUGUGGAGAUUUCCUUAUUUAUGUUACCGUAAUGGUGGCGGUGCCUUUCUCAUACCAUACUUCUCUGUACUUCUACUAUUGGCCUUACCUUUAUUCUUCAUGGAACUGGUCCUCGGGCAAUUUCACAGGCAGGGACCAAUCACAGUAUGGAGAAUGGUGCCUUUAUUUAAAGGUGUUGGUUAUGCUUCAUGUUUCAUGUCGUAUAUAGUAGCGUUUUAUUACAAUAUUGUUAUUGGGUGGAGUUUUUUCUACUUGUUUAAUUCAUUCUCUGCGUCGUUACCAUGGAUGACAUGCAAUAAUGAAUGGAAUACAAAAGAUUGCUGGCAACUGGACUGGUUCAAUGAUACCGCCCCACCAGAGAAUGUUACCUAUAACCCCAACACCUCGGUGUCUUCGACAACAGAGUUCUUUGAACGUGAAACACUCAGUCUUCAUCACAGUUCCGGUAUCGAUGAUCUAGGAUACAUAAAAUGGCAGUUAGCCCUCUGUACACUCUCCACGUUUAUUAUACUCUACUUCAGUUUAUGGAAAGGUGUUAAAAGCUCAGGAAAGGUCGUAUAUAUCACUGCAACGUUGCCAUAUAUAGUUUUGGCUAUUUUACUCAUCCGUGGAGUUAUGUUACCUGGAGCUGCAAAAGGUGUUCGUUAUUUCAUUACACCGAACACCAGUAGAUUAGGAGACCUCCAGGUGUGGAUUGACGCUGCAGUUCAAAUUUAUUUUUCGGUUGGAGCUGGUUUUGGAGUGCAUAUUGCAUAUGCCAGCUAUAAUAAGUUCAAACACAACUGCUACAGGGACUGUUUGAUAACUGCUGUCAUCAAUAGUUUUACCAGUAUAUUCUCUGGUUUUGUAAUCUUCUCCUACCUCGGCUAUAUGGCGUUUAAAACCAACAAGGAUAUAUCAGAGGUUGCUACUGAAGGUCCUGGUUUAGUGUUCAUAGUUUACCCAGAGGCUAUUUCUACCCUGCCUGGUUCGACAGCAUGGUCGAUUCUGUUUUUUCUAAUGUUGCUAACUCUAGGUUUAGACAGUGCGUUUGGUGGUUUAGAAUCGCCGUUGACAGGCUUGAAAGACGAACUCAAACGGUUCUUCGUUCAUAAAUAUUCCCGUGAGAUCUUCACCUUAAUCGUUGUAGGAUCAGCUUAUCUUUUCUCAUUACCUUGUGUGACAACAGUAAGUAUAAUUUCAAGUCUAUUCCCUUUCACCAGUCUUUAUUGUCCUCUAUUGAUUAAUUAUUCUUCCUAUUCUUCCUUUCCAGGUGUCAGACAACUAUGUGAUGAUAUCGAAACGAUGCUUGGUUUCCGUCCCGGUUUCUACUGGAGGAUUUGCUGGAAGUUCGUUACUCCAGUUCUUCUAAUGAUCAUUGUUAUAUCGAGUGUGGUAACCUACGAACCGUUGGAAUAUAUAAGCUCCAAACACCAUUACAUCUACCCUCUCCAUGCUAAUGUUAUCGGUUGGCUAAUCGCAGGAGCAUCGAUGGCAUUCAUCCCAGCUAUGGCAAUUUAUCAAAUGACCAAAUAUGAAGGGACAUUUAAAGAGAAACUCGCCCUCUGUAUAUCACCUGAGUGGGAACAUAGCGAGAUUCGACGGACUAAAUUUGUGAAAAGAUUUGAGACCAGUCAUUGGACAGCAUUUUGAGAGAAAACGGUGUUCCAAAACAAAAAAAAAAAUUGACACAUCAUUGGUCUGCAGACAUUUUAUUCUCGAUGAUAACCAUCGGAUGACAACUUUCAUGUCUCGAUAUGUUGCAGAUAUUCGUUUUUAUUUGUUAUAUUUUUUUUUUCAAUCUUAUAUCACCAAUUUUCUAUAUGAACUCCUGUAGGGAAAAACAAAACGAUACGUCCUGUCAGACGUGGAGUUGAGUUUCAAAUGAAACUACCACACACUCAUAUAAAAACUAACUAGAAGAGAAAGAGAAACAAGGACAACAACGACGACGAUGACACUACUACAACUACUACUACUACUGCUACUACUACUCCGCUCUCUCACUCAAUAAUAAUAAUAAUAAUAAUAAUAAUAUAAUAAUAAUAAUAAUAAUAACAAUAAUAAUAAUAAUAAUAAUAAUAAUAAUAAUAAUAAUAAUAAUAAUAAUAUAUUAAUAAUAGUAAAUGAAGAAAAAGAAACAUUAACAGAGAGAAACGAAUAUAAAUGCAACGGCAUUGAAAAUUGUCCAAAUUGCAUGUAUGUAUAUUACAGAGAUUAAAAAAAGUGACAGUGAUUUUCAAAUGAUUUAGAAAUGUUAUGAGCUACAACGUGAAAUCCAAAUCGAUUAUCAUAUGUGCACACACUACACACAUAUACACACGUACAUAUACAUACACACACAUACACACAUACAUACACACACAUACACGCAUUUAUGCACAUAUCGCACAUACACUCCAAUGCAUACACAUGAAUACUCACAAACUGCGAGAGAGAUGAAUAGAUAUCUAGACAUACAGAUAGACGGAUGGAUGGACACACGGGCAGAUAAAUGGAUAAAUGCAUUCAUGGAUAGAUGGAUAGAUGGAUAGAUGGAUGGAUAUGCAUGUACAUAUACAUAUAUUUCUGUUAUACACUUGAAAAGAAUGAGUCAUCAUACAUUGAAGAUAAACUUCAGUAAGUGUAGCCACUACCUGUUAAUCAUUAGAAACUAAAUAUAUUAAGAAUGAUAGGUUUUUGUCCAACUUUAAUAUAUUCCUCCUAGUUUUAGACUUCAUUUAGAUGAAGGUGAUGACGACGACAAUGAUGACGAUAAUUAUGAUAGCUUAUGAUCAUUAUGGUGACUUUUAUUUUCUUAAUCAUUUAAUAAUAAUAAUAAUAAUAAUAAUAAUAAUAAUAAUAAUAAUAAUAAUAAUAAUGGAAAAACUUUCAAAAUACAAAGACCUGGAAAUAGAGAUAACUCGAAUGUGGAAUCUAAAAACAGAAACAAUUCCUAUCAUAGUAGGUGUCUUAGGUAUAAUAAAAAAAUAUUCAGACAAAUACAUAACAAAAACACCAGGACUUACAAAUAUAUAUAACAUACAGAAAAUUGCACUACUGGGUACUGCACACAUUCUACGCAAAACACUUUCAAUACAGUAAACAUAAGAGCACC